UCAAGGAAAAACAAGGAAGUCUACUUGCCUUUCCCAGGCCAGCAUUUUGCAAAGGCUGCCCAAAGCCAGCAAUCCUUUCCCCCGCCCCGCCCCCGUUCCAGGCCAGGAGCAACGCUGGUGCCCACUUUGCUGGCCUUGGCUGGGGACUGAAGCGAGUUCUGGGCAAAUAAGCUCUGGCAGCAAAGAAGUGUCGAUGGGAAAUUGAAAAGAAGAGAAGAGAAGACUCCUAGAAGCAGUGAGAAACAGCUGGUUGAAAACUGCCCUGGAGAGGCUGCAUGGAUGGUCUCUCCCCAUCAUUUCCAAAGGGGGAAGAUUCCUGUUCUCUAGCCCCAUAGUUAGAAACGUCUCAGGUGCUGGAUUUGCACAGAACUGACCGAAAGGAAAAGGGGAGAUUCUGGAGUGGUAGGUGCCUCCCAUGUUUCCAGGAGUGGCCUUCUCAGCUCCCUCUUGGCCCUUCUGUCCACCAGAGGGCACCCUUGCACUCUUCCAAGGGAGGCUGGCUAUCCCUUCUCUGGGAUCCUACCCAGCCCGGCCCCCCUUUGAAAUCAUGCUUCCCCCAACUCCUCAUCCACUCCCCCACCCCAAACUCCCCUUUGGCUUCUCUCUGUCCUAAAAACCUGCCUUUUUGACAAGAAGCAAUAACGUAUGUGGGGUGCAUAGCAUGAAGACUCCCCCCAAAUGAUGCCAUCAGUGUGUUUGGCAAAGAAGGGAGCCCCACUCCCACCCCCCAAAGCCUGCCUGGAGCCCAACUCAGCACAGCUGUCUUGAGUGCCACUCGGGGUCGGUUUCUCUCUCUCCUUUUGCCCUUUUGGCACUUUCUGCCCCACAUAUUUUAGAGUUCCCCCCACUCCCAUGGGCAUUAUUUGCUUCUGAGGCGCAUGGUGGUGUGGAUUCAGAAAAAUUCGGGAGUUGGGGAAGAGAGGCAACUUGGAGACCCUCCCUACCAGGGAGAUGUUGAGGAGCCUCUUGAUUUUCUUGGGGGUGGGGCCACCACCGCCAGAGGGGAGCAGCUGAGAGGAGGCAUUUCCAAGGCUCCUUUCCUCCCACCCGGCUUCCGGAGGAAUGCUGCUCUUCUCGGGCGAUGGUGGGGGGGAGGUGUUAAGCCCAGCCUCCUUGGCCAGGAGCCUCCCCUCCAUAUGAAUAGCAGUGCGGAGCUGCCCAUCCCUUGUUCACCAGCCAGGCUCCUCCAGUCGGCCUUGCUCUCUCUUGGCUGGACUCUGCCUCCGAAAGGUGUCUGGAAGAUGGAGACCUUCCUCAGCUCCUCGCGGUCUUUGGGAGAGGAGUCUCUCCAGAUGUGGGACCUCAACAAGCGCCUGGAGGCCUACUUGGCCAGGGUGAAGUUCCUGGAAGAGGAGAACGAGCUGCUGAAAGCCGAGAUCCAAGGCCUGAAGGGGGGCUUGGUGGAGACCCCCUGGAGGGCCAAGUAUGAAGCGGAGGUAGCCACGCUGCGGGCCACCCUGGACCAGGCGUAUCAGGAGAAGUGCGUGGUGGAGCUGGCCAGGGACUCCCUCUACGAAGAGGUCCAACAGGUGAAGAGCAGGUGCCAGCGGGAGAGGGCAGCCCAGGAAGAGACCAAGAUGUUCCUGUCCCUCAGCAAGAAGGAGAUGGAGGAGGAAAAGCGGGCCCACAUUUGGCUGAGGGAGAAGGCCACCCAGCUGGAGAAAGAGAUGGAAGACCUGGUGGAGGCCCACCAAGAGGAGCUGCUAAGGCUGGACCAGGAGAUGACCAGCUUCUCCCAGAGUUUGGAUGGGUUCCGGGCGGUGCCCGUCUGCUUCCAGCCGGUGGAAGUGGAAGACUACGCCAAGAGGCUCACCAACAUCUGGAAAGGAGCGGUGGAGACCUACAAGAUGGAGGUCUCGCAGCUGGAGGCUUCCCUCUGCGAAGCCAAGGAGAACCUCUGGAAGGCUACCGAGCGCAACCGGCAGAACCAGCUGCAGCUGCAGCAGCUGGAGAAGGAGCUGGCCAGCCUCAAGGUCCGGAAGAAGAUGCUGGAGGACAGCCUCUCCCAGCAAUGGGCUCAGCAGCAGGGGGACGCCGAGAAGCUGCAGAUGGCCAUGGAGGCGCUGGAGGAGGAGAAGCAGUCGCUGCGCGGCCAGAUCUCCCAGGUGCUGGAGGACCGGCAGCAGCUGAUGCACCUGAAAAUGUCGCUCAGCUUGGAAGUGGCCACCUACAGGACCCUCUUGGAAGCCGAGAGCACCAGGCUGCAGCUGCCGGCAACUGAUCUCCAGCUGGCCAGGGGGCUCAGAGAUGCUACAACCGAAUCAACUCUCGGCAGGCUGCAGGGGCCGUCAGUGGAUCGGGGGAGCCGGGAUGUCCGCCCCAGCCCUGCCGCUCUCCCUAAGCUUCGGGGUUUCCAGAGCAAAGUCGAGUCGCCCUCCUGGGGGGUCAAGACCCCAAGCUCGGCGGCCAGGGAGUUCCAAAAGGCCAACGCCUCCCUCCGGCACUCUCAGGCCACCAAGAGCGCCGAUGGGCUGUUGCCCCCGCCAAAGGAGCCCUCUGCUUUUCGGCUGGACUCCUCCCAGCACAGCCAGAGGGUGACGAUCACCCAAACGGAGAGCCUGGCCCAGUCUGUCUUCUGCACCCGACCCCCACUGACUUUCAACUCCGUGGAGCCAGAAGAGGCUUCGGGAAGGUCCAUUGGGAGCCUGGAUCAAGGAGAGGAGAGCGAACAGGAGGCGAAGCCGGAGGCCGAAGGUAGAGGAGAGGAGGGAGAAAAAGCCUCUGGAGAGAAGGAGGAGGAGGAAGAAGAGACACAGCUCAGCCGUGAGCCACCAGCAGAGAGAGAAAUCCUGAACGGGCCUUUUCUGAGCCAGAUGGUUACUGAAGCCGUAGAAACUGCGAUCCAGGAAGUGAACCCCCAAGAAACCCACCUUGAAUCCAGCUUACUCAAGGCGGUGAAAAGCCAAGCAGACGUUUCUUCUGACAGCUCUUCAUCCCUGGAGGAGGAGAACACCCUUCCCCUAAGUAGCACCGAGGGGCUGGAGAAGGCCCAGCAAGACCAGAGAGGAGGGGGACAACCCACCGACCCCCUGGAGGAGUUCCAGGUGUGUGAAGACUUUGCGGAGGUCAAUGGUGGCCAGGAAGCCUGGGCUGAGCUGCAAGGAACUGAAGAGGCUUGGCGGGCUCUGAAAGCAGAGGCCUCCGUGGCCCUGGGAGCAGAACUACCGAGGGCAGAAAGGAUGGAAGGAGGAGGAGGAGGAGUUUUGGUCCCUGGAGAAAAGGAGACCAAUGAAGAAACAGGGUCUCCAGAAUGGGAGGAGAGGGAUGUGGAUGAGGAGCUGCCUGCAUUAUUGGGGGGGAUGCUGGGCAACGCAGUGGGAGAAGCACCCAAGAAGUCAGAAUUUGCUACGGAGGCAGCUACAAAUGUGAAUGGCAGCCAGGAAGGCUGGGAGCUUGGCAGCCCCCCAACUGAUGUCCUCGAAGGAGCCCCGGAAGUGAACAUGGAGGAGGUCUAUGGAGGGGCUGAAGAUGUAGAAAUGGUCAGCCAAGAAGAUCUCCUCUCUGAGGACAGCAAGGAGCCCCAGAGCCCCCCCAGGAAAGAUAACCAGCAGGCAGAGCUGCUUGAGAAUGAGCACCUGGAGGUGGAAGGAAGCCCAGCCAAGGAGGACCGCUCGCCCACCACCCAUACGGCAUUGUCUGCGGGUGAACCCCAGAAAGCUCUCUUCCUGGAGAUGGAGCAGGAGAACGUGGAGAGCCCAGAAGAGCUUCUUCAUGAGACCGAUUCUGCUCUGCCAAAGAAUGAGGAGAAGGAUCUAGAUGCCGAGGUUUUCUGCAUGGAAGAUGCCCUGCCCAGAAGCUCAGGUUCUGCCAUAGAUGAAAAUGGCACCUUGACAGAUGAGCCAAAGGGGGUCGAGAGCAGGGAAGUCAUGGAAGAGGAGGAGGAGGAGGAGGAAGAGGAGGGAGAAGGCGUUGUUGGACCUCUUCCCACAGAAGAUAUGGGAGAUGAAGGAACAAUGGAGACCGAAGGCUACUUAGAUUUGGAGGCACCCAAAAGGAUCUUGGAACUGGGUGCGACCUUGCCCAGAGAGGACCUAGCAAGCAUCCAGGUGCAGGAGACACUUCAAGAAGAGCAGAGAACGAAGGUAGCUGAAGAGCAGCUCCUGGAGGAACAUAAGGAAGGAGGAAGAGGGCUCCCAGAGACCCCAUUGCAAGACGAAAGUAGCAACUUGGAGGAAAGAGACUUGGUGACAAUCUCUGGAGGGCCAGAAACUGAACCCCUCACGGAUGUCCUGCAGAUGGAAGAUGUACGUGGUGCUGCUGUGACUGAGAACUUGCUGCAGAAGAAGGAAAAUGCCCCCGAGUGCUCUGAUGACAAAGGAUUGGGCCUGGACAAUCACCAGGCAGGAGAGCAGCCUGCCGAGGAGGCUGAAGACCCCUCCAGGGAAGAGACCACCUGGCCAGAAGAAGUUCAAGAGGUGGGAUCCCCCCCAGAGGCCAAGGCACCUGCGGAAGACUCCGUUUCCCACAGGGAGGAUUCAGGGUCCGAGGAGACCCUCGAACAUCCAGACUUCGUCCCAAAUUCCCAGAGUGAGAGAGGUGGGGCUGAGGAGGAGAAUGCCCAGCUAGGGGAGACAUGGCCAGGCCACCCGGCUUUAGACAACGGGCUGGCCAUGCUUGAGACUCCAUCCCUUCCUUCCUUGGAGAGGGAAGAGGUGCCUCUUUUGGCCCAAGAGGCGGAGGCCCCCAUUUUAGAAGAAGGCCCUGCAAGCCUUCUGCUGGCCAAGGAAGACGGAGUGGAGGAAGGCCCUCCAAAGGGAGGAAGCGAUCGCAGGCCACAGGCAGAUGGCCCCUGCUCAGAAGAGCCUCUGGCCACAGGGGAUUCGGCCGAAGCCGUGAUCCAAAGGUUCACGGAGGAUCAGGGCCCUGGGGAGGAGGAGGUCCCCAGAGAGGAUGAGCAGAAAGAACUGCAAGGGGCCCCUGGCCUGGAGCCAGAGGAAGACCCCUGGCAGGAGGGAGAGGUGGCCAAAGGGCCAGCGGUGCCCAAGGAAGAGGUGGUCGCAGAACUCCCUUUAGAGCCAGGCGAAGGCUUUGGGUUCCCAGCGGAUGGGUUUGACCCCAGCUACACGCAGCAGGAGGAAGAAGAGGAGGAGGAGGAGGAGGAGGAAGAUCAGGGGCCCUUGGAAUCGAGUGACCAAGAUUCUACGGAUGUGGCCCCUGCAAAGGUUUCACCCCUGACCAGCGUCACUGAUUUGGGAGAAAUAGUGCUGGAAGGGGACGGCUCUCUGAGUGGCCCGAAGGGGGCUGUAGAAUCUGACAUGCUGGAAUCCUGUGAGGACGAAUGUUUCCAUGUCUUGGACCCAGAAGAUCUGAUCCAGCAGAAGUUUGUGACCGUGGAAGAUCCCCCAGGAACCAGCUUCCCUGAGACGUUCCCAGAGGACGUGGUGGGUCUUCCUCUAGAAAGCAAAGGAGACCCCAAUAUUCUGGAAAUUGUAGAACAAGCUCUGGAGUUCAACCAAGAGUUGAUGAAGGCAGCUGAGGAUGAGCUGGGAGGCCUUGGCAAAGGGGCCCAAUACUCCCCAGAAGAAAGGUCUCCCUAUGCUUCCCUUGUAUGUCUGGACCAGGGACCACCCCAGGUUUCCACAGAAGCUCCAGAAGGCUCUUCUCCCAUCCCAAGGGAAGCCCACCCAUUGGGGGAGAGCCAGGCUAAUGGGCUUCAGGAGGAACCAAACUUGGAUGAGUUCCCAAGCGAACUUCUCAACGGCCUCAGGCAGGGCAAGACAGACCCUCCUGGAGAUGAGGAUUUCAUCAAGGAGGUGACUAUCGCCCCACAGUUCUGCACAGGGGACAACUUCCCCAUGGCAGAGACCCUGAGCCAGACUCCACCCCCAGUCCCAGCCAGUGAAGAAGGGUUUAGAAGUGGAGACACCAGCCCUGAAGUUCUUGAGAAGGUUUCCCUGGAUCAGGAAGGCCAGGAGCUCCUAGAUGAGAACAUCCUGGGUGACCUACGGCAGAAGACCUGCGUGAAAGGAGGCAAGGAUACCAAGCUGGAGCCCAUGCCCUUCCUGUUUGGGGAUGAGAUUCGGCGCCAACCCUUGGAAUUCCGGCCGGAAGGGGACCUGGAUCUCCAGCCCUCGGAAGACGACUGAAAGGUCCCCUUUUGGCCAUUAAUUCCAGCCAGUGACAAACAGUGUGAUUCCUGCUAAACCUGUGACCCCUUCUGUCUCAGCCCCACACAUUUUUCUUUUUUUGUAGCUACCUUCCUUCCCUCCAAAUUUGAGACCGCCCCGCUGACAAUCAAAAGCUUGGAUAGGCAGCGUUUUCAGACUUUUAACUUUUUUCAUGGUAGGCUUUUUUUUAAAGAAUACUUUUUUAAAAGAAAAAAGGCACUCAAGUCCAGCGUCCUUUGUCUUCACCUUAAGUGUAACCAGCAAUUUGGCAAAACUUUUGUGUGGUUUUUUUUUAAAGAAAAUGAAAUGUUUCAUCUGGCUCUAAGUUCUGCCCAGCAAGAAAAGAAGUUGUUUAGUAAGAUCCGGUCUCAGACCUUGUUUUGCUAAGUGAGGCACUCUGAAGUUUUCCCGGCAAACUUUUACAACGUCCCCUCCUCCCCACCGUUAUCUGGGUCAGAAGUGCUUCACCUAGUGCAGAGUUUGGGUUCGGCAGCUGCAGAAGACCCAGAAUUCCCCAAUAGAGCAUGCUGGCUGGGGCAUUCUGGGAGUUGAAGUUCACCUAUCUUACAGUUGCUGAGGCUGAGACACACGGAUCUAGAGGGAGAUUUUUUUUCUGAUAGUGGCUCCUAUAACAUGCCAGUGUGCCUUACUUUAGGAAUACAUAGAACAAACUGGAGUUUUCAGUAUAAAUGUGAUCUGAUGCUGCUCCCUUCUCAUCCCGGUCUUCUCUCCUUGAUUUCCCAGGACUCGCUUUUCCUGUUAUCCACUCGCCAUUUAUCUCUGUGGGGGUGGAGGGGGUUGGGGGGGGGCAAAGGUGCCUCUGCUUUUGAAUGGGACAAAUCUAACAACCCUGGUAGAAAUAGUUGGCGUUUCGGUCCCUUGGAAGGAACUCAGAACCUCUGGCGAGUCUCUGCCAGCCUGGCUUCAUCUGCCCAGCUCACAGAGCAGAAGUUUCCAACCCAAGCGUAGGUUUGAUUCAGCCCCUCUCCUCUCUUUUGAACGACAAGGGUUCGAGCACCCAUCCAAGCCCAGCCCAGCCCAGCCUCAGAACAUGGGCAGAGUUCUUCGGAGGAGAGCUAAGGACGGGAGACCGAGAGGGAUGCUCCAGAAACAGGUUCCAGUGUCAUUUCUCUCCCUGCACUUCAGUGCCUUCUACGAUAAAGCUAGGAUGUUAAAAAAAAAAAAAAAAACCGAGCUCCAGUCGGUGCCUCUGAGACACUAAUAAAGCAAUUGAUUUCUUAUCCUGUACAAA